UAUAGCAUUUAGCGAGUGAGUUAAUAAUUAGACAUGGGUUCUAAGGCUUUGCUUGUGCUUGGUGUUGUAUUAGUGGCUUCUCUUCUUCUCAUCCCUUCAGAGGUGGCAACAGCUAGGGAGCUGGUUGCAAAUACUGAAGAGAAGAACGUGAAACAGGAGGGCCCUGCAGACCAGAAGCCUCCCGAAGAGAAGAAUGCGAAGCAAGACGACAGCAAAGGUCAAAAGAAGUUUGAUGGCUAUUAUGGAGGCUUUCCUGGCGGCGGCUUUCCUGGAGGCGGCUAUCCUGGCGGCGGCUUUCCUGGAGGCGGCUUUCCUGGAGGCGGCUUUCCCGGAGGAGCGAAUGCAGAAGAGAAGAACGCGAAGCAAGAGGACCCCGCAGACCAUAAGCCUCCCGGAGAGAAGAAUGUGAAGCAGGCAGGACUCAGAGACCAAAAGUAUUUUGGUGGUCCUUUCGGCGGUUACCCGGGAGGCGGCUAUCCCGGAGGCGGUUACAGUGGUGGAUAUCCUGGCGGAGGAUACUACGGUGGAUAUCCCGGCGGAGGAUACUACGGUGGAUAUCCCGGUGGAGGGUACUAUGGUCGAUAUCCCAAACGUGGAUACUACGGUGGCUAUCCUGGACGUGGUGGCUACGACAGAGGAUACGAUGGUGACCGUGGCGGCGAUGAUUACGACGGUGGCUAUUCCGGUGGGAGUGGUGGCAACUGAGAAUGCUGCGGUCGUGGGGCGACAGGUCUCUGAUGCUGAAUUUCAAACUGAGCUGCAUAACUAGGUGGAUCAUGUAGCUAGUCUUGUGCAGCUCCUACUAAAUAUUGUGGGUUAUGAAAAUAAGGUGUAAUAAUAUGAACCAACUACAUGGGAUUAUGAGUUUGUCAAAACCAACUCAAAUGUCAUUAGAACGGUAAAUAAACUGAGUUGGUGUGCUGUGUACUCGCAAUAAGCACAUUUUAUCUGUACCACCAGUCUACUUGGUUAAUUAAUUUUACUUUG